AUGGAAAACGAUAUCCCGCUAGAAGCAACAUUGGACGUGCCUGACAUUGUUCGCUACAACGGAUUCAGUUUAGGGUUGAGAUUUACUGAUUUGUUCAAAGCAACAGGGCCUGAAAGCUGCGAAGAACUAACCGUGACGACCAUUGAUGGCUUCAUCCUACAAGUCUUUCGCGUCCGCGACCUCGAUCACAUGACGAAUAAAACAGUCAGAGAGCCAGUUCUGCUCCAGCACGGACUACUCGGCUGCGCUUCUCAUUGGGUCUCCAAUGGCCCUCAUGAUUCUCUCGCAUUUAUACUGGCGAAAGAUGGCCUCGAUGUUUACUUGGCGAAUUCGCGCGGGAACAAGUACAGUAGGAACCAUGUCUCGCUCAAGCACAAUGAUCAAGAAUUCUGGCGCUGGAGUUGGCAAGAAAAAGCCAAAUAUGAUGUGCCUGCCACGGUCGAUGCAGUCCUGAAAACAUCUAAUCACCCGAAUCUUUUCUACGUUGGGCACAGUCAGGGGACGCUCAUCAUGUUCGCAUACUUGUCCGAAGCUCCAAGAGAAGAACGUCGGAAGAUCAGAUCAUUCUUUGCUCUUGCUCCGAUUACAAGACUGAAACACUUGACGAGUCCAAUCAAACACUUAGCUGGUUUAGCAGACAUUGCAGAAACGGGACAGAGCCUGAUAGGAGGCCAAGAAGUCUUGCCCAACACAAAGAUCGGUCGCUGGCUCAAUACUCAAAUGCACAAAAUGCUGCGAAAGACGCCCCUUAUAACGAUUGAAGAUCAAGCCAAUAGCUUCAUGGGACUCAUCACUGGCUUCAAUCCAUCUCACUACUUCAGAAAAUACCUUCCAGUUUAUACAGCACACACACCUUCUGGCACUUCACUUCAAAAUCUUAUCCAUUUCUGCCAGUUGAUAAAAUCACAGAGGAUGCAAAAGUAUGAUCACAAAGCCGCCAAUAUCAACAACUACCUCUCCGAGUCGCCACCAGUUUUUGACUUGACGGAAGUCCAUGUGCCCGUUAUUCUCUACUACGCAUCUGAUGAUAACUUGUCAGACGUAGAGGACGUGAACUGGGCUUCAUCGCAGCUACCAAAUGUCGUGGAAGAGCACCUCCUAGACGGGUGGGACCAUCUGGACUUUAUCUGGGGGACGCGCGCUCCGGCCUACCUUUAUUCAGAAAUUCUCUCUUUCAUUAAUUCCGUAUCUUCAACUCCAGCUCAUUCUAAAAGUUCCACUGAAUGCUAA